CCAACUGCCUGAAGCCCCACCCUGAUCAAACAAAAAGGCCAGUGACCUUCUUCCCGCUGCACCUUGAGCUUGAUGGACAGAAAUGCACCAGGUUCUGAAAAGGCUUGAGGGAAACUGACAAAUCUGCAUGGCUACCCCUGAUAGAAGGAUGGUCUCCAGACCCCAGAGACAUGGCCCAGGGCCAAAGGAUCCCCUGGACAGCCUGGAGCAGAAGGAGACCCAGGAGCAGGGACCAGGCCAGCUGGCCAUGCUGAAGAAGGCCCAAGAAUUCUUCCAGACCUGUGAUGCUGAAGGCAAGGGCUUCAUUGCCAAGAGGGAUAUGCAGAGGCUUCAUAAGGAGUUGCCGCUCAGCCUGGAAGAACUGGAGGAUGUGUUUGAUGCUCUGGAUGCUGAUGGCAACGGCUUUCUGACCCCAGAAGAAUUCACUACUGGAUUUAGUCACUUCUUCUUCAGCCAGAAUAACCCAAGUCAAGAAGAUGCAGGUGAGCAGGUGGCCCUGUGCCAAGAAGAGCAGGUGUAUCAGUCCCUGGGAGACACAGAGGAAGAUGGGGAAGCCCAGUUCCAGAUGUUAAUGGACAGACUUGGAGCCCAAAAGGUUUUGGAAGAUGAAAGUGAUGUCAGGCAGCUCUGGCUGAAGCUGAAGAAGGACGAACCUCACUUACUGUCCAACUUUGAAGAUUUCCUGACUAGAAUCUUCUCCCAGCUCCAAGAGGCUCAUGAGGAGAAGAAUGAAUUGGAGUGCGCCCUAAAAAAGAAAAUUGCUGCUUAUGAUGAAGAAAUCCAGCAUCUAUAUGAAGAGAUGGAACAACAGAUCAAAAGUGAGAAGGAGCAGUUUCUCCUGAAAGACACGGAGAGGUUUCAGGCCCGCAGUCAGGAGCUGGAACAGAAACUGUUAUCUAAGGAGCAGGAGCUGGAACAGCUCACCCAGAAGCAGAAAAGGCUGGAAGGUCAGUGCACAGCCCUGCAUAGUGACAAGCAUGAAACUAAGGCCGAGAAUACCAAGCUGAAGCUCACUAACCAGGAACUGGCCCGGGAGCUAGAGCGGACCUCCCGGGAGCUCCAGGAGGCUCAGCAGCAGCUGGAGGGCCUCCAGCAAGAGGCCUGCAAACUCCACCAGGAGAAGGAGAUGGAGGUGUACCGCGUCACGGAGAGCAUGCAGCGGGAGAAGGCCGGGCUCCUGAAGCAGCUGGACUUCCUAAGGGAAAGGAACAAGCACCUUCAGGAUGAACGGGACAUAUGUUUUCAGAAAGAUAAGGCAGCCAAGGCAAACACAGCUGCUUCCAAGGCAAGCUGGAAAAGGAGAUCUGGCUCUGUGAUAGGCAAAUAUAUGGACAGCAGAGGGAUUCUUAGAAGUAGCCAGUCAGAGGAGGAGGAAGAUGUGUUUGGCCCUCCAAGGAGGAGAAGUUCCCUGGGCCUGAGUGGAUAUCCUCUGACAGAGGAGGAGCCAGAGAUGACUGCGGAGCCUGGAGCUGGAGGCCCAGCCCGCCGACACCUCCCCAGAAUCAUCUCCAUUGAAGAAGACCCUCUGCCCCAGCUCCUGGAGGGUGGCUUCGAGCAGCCACUGACCAAAUGCCCAGAAGAAGUCUCCAGUCAAAGAACAGAAGGACACAUCCAGAGAGCCCCACACUUGGAACUCACACCUGUUUCCCCGCGAGGGCAGCCUGUUGGGAAAGAAGCCCUAUCUAAGGAGGAGAGCACUUCCUCCACCCCUGACCGGCUCUUCAAGAUUGUGUUUGUGGGCAAUUCUGCGGUGGGGAAGACGUCCUUCCUGAGGAGGUUCUGUGAGGACCGGUUCUCUCCUGGCAUGGUGGCCACUGUGGGCAUCGAUUACCAAGUGAAGACGGUGAAUGUGGACGACUCUCAGGUGGCCCUGCAGCUGUGGGACACGGCUGGCCAAGAGAGGUAUCGUUGCAUCACCCAGCAGUUCUUCAGAAAGGUCGAUGGUGUCAUCGUCAUGUACGACCUCACAGCCAAGCAGUCGUUCCUGUCGGUGAGGCAGUGGCUGAGCAGCGUGGAGGAGGCUGUGGGAGACCAGGUUCCUGUUCUUCUGCUGGGCAACAAACUGGACAACGAGAAGGAGCGGGAAGUGCCCCGGGGCCUCGGAGAGCAGCUCGCCAAGGAGAACAAUCUGAUCUUCUAUGAAUGCAGUGCCUAUUCAGGUCACAACACCAAGGAGUCCCUGCUCCAUCUAGCCAGGUUUCUCAAGGAGCAAGAAGAUACAGCAAGGAAGGACACCAUGCAGGUCGGCCACCCCGCCAAGAAGAAAUCCUGCUGCGGCUGACAGAAAGCCUCCAGGGACCGUCCCCACCCAAGCCUGAGGUCACAAGGUGGCCUGCACACAGGCCCCUGCGCAGAUCAA